AUGAGCGCGGCCGGGCUCGUGUCCGCCCCCCCCGCCGCCCCGCCGGGGCCGCCCGCCCCCGCCCAUGGCCCCCGCGCCCGACUACUAGAGGAGGAGGAGCUGGAGAGCGCCGAGGAGGAGGACGGCGAGCGCAGCGCCCGGGCCCGCGACUCCGAUGAGGACACCGAGGAUGCCAGUGAGACUGACCUGGCCAAGCACGACGAGGAGGACUUUGUAGAAAUGAAAGAACAGAUGUAUCAGGACAAACUGGCAUCUCUGAAGAGGCAGUUGCAGCAAUUGCAGGAAGGUACUCUUCAGGAAUACCAGAAAAGAAUGAAGAAGUUGGACCAGCAGUACAAAGAAAGGAUACGAAAUGCAGAACUGUUCCUGCAGCUGGAAACAGAUCAGGUGGAGAAAAAUUAUGUGAAGGAAAAGAAGGCAGCAGCAAAGGAGUUUGAAGAUAAGAAAAUUGAGCUUAAGGAAAAUCUGAUUGCGGAGCUGGAAGAGAAGAAGAAGAUGAUUGAGAAUGAAAAGCUAACCAUGGAAUUAACAGGGGAUUCAAUGGAAGUGAAGCCUAUUAUGACAAGGAAACUGAGGCGACGACCAAAUGAUCCAGUUCCCAUCCCAGACAAGAGGAGGAAACCUGCCCCUGCUCAGCUAAAUUAUUUGUUGACUGAUGAGCAAAUAAUGGAGGACCUGAGAACGCUGAAUAAGCUUAAAUCACCCAAGAGACCAGCUUCCCCCUCCUCUCCUGAACACCUCCCAGCUACACCAGCAGAGUCUCCUGCACAGCGGUUUGAAGCCCGGAUAGAAGAUGGAAAACUCUACUAUGAUAAGAGAUGGUACCACAAGAGCCAGGCUAUUUACCUGGAGUCUAAAGAGAACACGAAGAUCAGCUGUGUGAUCAGCUCUGUGGGCGCCAACGAGAUCUGGGUGAGGAAAACCAGCGACAGCACAAAGAUGAGGAUCUACCUGGGGCAGCUGCAGCGAGGGGUGUUCGUGAUCCGCCGGCGAUCGGCUGCGUGAGCGGGAGCUCCUCCCUGGGCCUUUUUUUUUUGGUUCUUUUAACUGAUCACCAAACCUCUGCUGAGGGGUGUCAGGCUACUCACUCUUCCCAGCAGCACAGAACAAUGUCAUGACCUCUGAUGAGACCGUUUGUGGCUGGCCACAUGAUCCCCAGUAGUCCUUAAAUCUUUAGCGAUGCCCAAGCACUGCCCUGGACUAUUUCUGGAUUUUUGCAUCAAGCUUCUGUAUGCUCUCUUUGUAUUGGGGGGGACUGUUUAACAAGACUUUGCAUCAUACUUUUGUCAUCAUCGUUCUGUGGUGCACAGAUGGGACUCGUAUGUCAAAACAAUGUCACGUCUCUGUUUGAAGUCAGACCAGUGGAAGAAGCUUUGCUUGUCAGGACCUGAGGUUGGUUGUUCUUUUUGGCCUUGUUUUCCUGCAAGGCUCAGGAUGCUGCAGCUGAAGAGAAGCCUCCAGAACACCUGGUGCCACAACAUCAGCUUUAUUGGGUGAACUGUUCAAAGACUUGAGUGCUGAGGCUUUUUUUGGACGGUGUGAACAGCUUAGAAACUGCUGAAAAUGCGGUGAUUUUAAUGUAGUUAAGCAGUCACGCGUGGUUAGUCAGAAGCUUCCGUUUCUCUUCACAUUAAAAAACCCUUCAGUGAACAA